CGCGUUAUUGAACGGACAGCUGCCGUUUACCCUCAGCUGUCGGUACACUGUUGCCUUGCUACAGUGCAAUUUAACACCUUCCAAGUUCCCACUACAAAAGUUGCACCAGUCCUAGAUCAGCCCAUGCAGCCCACUAGGUAAAGGUCACACCCAGACAGCAGGACAUAUCACAUAUAACUGGACUGCAGCAUGUGACUAUUGCAGCAAUGGAGCCCCUCAAGCUGGGAGUGCGUACACAUCCCCCAGGCCUCACGCUGGUGUACCGCAGCGCAGCUGGGAAGGAGCGCUACAGAGUGAUGCCUAUCAGGUUCCUCAACAAGUUUGGCUCAGUUGAAAAUGUCUUGAAAGAAGUGAAAGACAGACAUCAACCAUUUUUAGAUAAAGUCCCAGAUGUCAGAAUAGAGAAGAUGUUGCGCAUCCUUCAGGAGGUGGAGCGUGGCCGUAACCUGGAGGAAGCAACAACCAUGGUGGGGCUGGAGUAUUCAGUUGACCCAGAACAGGACCUUAACAAGCUGGAUGAUGCAAGUCUUGAUAAAAAGAAAAAGGUUAUGAACACCAGCUUUGAGAAAAACUGUGUCCGUCCAGGAGAUCCUGAUUAUGAGUAUGACAAGCAGGUAGACUUUGGCAGUGGUGCAAAGGUGGAAGCAGGCUGGGACUCACCAGAUGAAGACUUCUGGUCAUGAGCUGCACAUUAGCUGCCUUGUUGUAGUGAAGUGCUCUGUAACAAGUGUGUCUGGAGGGCCUAGGUGAGGGAGGGCUGCUGGUCCUGCUGCUGUUGGCUCCUCAUUGCAUUCUUGACACAUGCUUUGAAACCUGCCCACCCCUCAGAGGGUUCUUGUUGCUGAAGGAAAAGAAAUGUGUUAGCAAGUAGUUCAGAAGAAUAUGGCUCACAGGCAAAGCUGUUCUAAUUUAAGGGAUGCUGGAUUAAUUAAUAGUGUACUGUCUCAAGGAGUGCUGAUUGGUCCUGGGUUGUAUUCUGUCAUCUGAUUAGUAACUGAUUUGAUUGUGCUAUGUCAUCUGAUUAAUAAUUGAUCUGAUUGUGCAACUACUUCCUGGAUCAUGCAUUCUUCUACAUGAUUGGUGUUUGCCACUCCCCACUAUAGUGACCUGUGUUGCCACUUCAGCCAACACAAUGUCAAGCACUCUUUUAUUGAUAUUGUCUUUAUUAGUUAUGUAUAUGGAUUAAUGGUUUUCUGUGCUGAUUGCUGCUGAUACUGCUUUUUAGCAUCUUUACUCACUUUGGUAAGCAGCCUUCUUCAUCUAUAUUGUUCACUUAUGCAUUACAUUCUUUGUGGUGCCACACAUCUACUUUGUCCUCAUGCUGCCAAACUUCAGCCUGACUCACCAUAAUGUUUUUGGUUGCACAUACCAAAUGGAAUUUCAUACACUACUACACUUUCCUUCUCCUUGACAGUGUGCACCAUUUCCUUAUUAUGUCACAUAUCUUCUUUUUUGCAGCAGUCACUAUAUGCAUAUUUGUGUUACUUUUAUGGUGAGUGUGCAUGUUAGAUGAGAGUGAGAAACAAUUAAGUAUUUCACUUGACAAUAUAUAGCAUGUAAAGUUCAAAAUCCUCAAAGUUCAAACCAUUGUUAAUUGAGAGUUGACUGUAUAGUGUAUGAAAUUCCGUGUGACGGGUGCAACUGAAAACAUUAUGACAAGUAAGGCACACACGCACAAAUGCAUAAAGAAAUCAGGUGAUGUAAAAAAAUUUUAUCUACUGCAUAAAGACAGACCACUGGGAAGAUAUUCUCUCUCUCUCUCUCUUGAACAUUAAGAACAAAAAGGGCAUGUACUCCACACAAAUUCAUUUUUAAAAGCAAUAAAACCAAGUUACAAGACCAUGUAUCCAAACCAUGAAUAAUAUGACAUCAAACAAAAUGUUAAUUUAGUGACUGACACUAGCUCAAUAUGAAAUGGUACAAGAAAGGAUAUUAUUAAAUCAGCCAUCUGCCAUCUAAGUACCCCUGGAAUGUUACUUUAGUGACUGGCACUAACUCAAUAUGCAAUAGUACCACAAAGGAUAUUACAUCAGCCAUUUAAGAACCUUUGGAAAUCUUAUAAAUCCCUGGGGGUUCACAAAUUCCAGGUUGAGAACCCCUGCUAUAAAUGAAAAUAUCUUUUACAUCACAUUUUUCAUAUGUUAUGUGUGUAUGUGUGUGGUAUGCACACAUGUGGGGACUUUCCAGUCAUCCCACCAGCCUAUCACAGUAUACGAGUACAAAAGGUAAAGGCACCUUGAAAUCAAUUCCCAGAUAUGUGGCAUUCUCCUCAGUUUAGCAGAGAAAGAAAAUAGUGCAUUAGUGAACCAUAUAUAUGAAGAAUGCCACUUACCAUAGUGGAUAAAGUGAAAAUGCUAAAAAGUGUUAUCAGCAAUCAGCACAGAAAAGCAUUACUCUAUAUACAUAACAACUAACAAAGACAAUAUCAAUAAGAGUGGAUGACAUUGUGUUGGCUGAAGUAGCACAGGUCACUACAGUGGGGAGUGGCACACACCAAUCAAGUAGCAGAAUGCAUGACCCAGGAAGGAGUUGCACAAUCAGAUCAGUUGCCAAUCAGUCGCCAAACUGAUGACCGAAGACACAAUCUGGAACCAAUCAUCAAUUCUCAGUACAGUACACUACUAAUCCAGCAUCCCUCUAAUCAGAACAGCUUGGCCUUCAAGCCAUAUUCUUCUGAAGAGCCUCACGAGUUAGAGUAGUCACCAUCAAAGUAUUCAAUUCCAA